AUGGAAAGAAGCGGCACUACUCCGAGAUUUGCCCAAAACCCUGUGGUAAAUGACACAGGCCUUCUAGAGGCGUUGUCACAUUUCAAUCGCGAGAAGAUCCCCGAGCGUGUCGUACAUGCAAAAGGCACGGGUGCGUAUGGGGAAUUCGAGGUGACCGAUGAUAUUUCCGAUAUAUGCAACAUUGACAUGCUUCUGGGAGUCGGGAAGAAAACCCCGUGUGUGGGACGCUUCUCCACCACUGGACUUGAGCGCGGUUCCGCUGAGGGAAUCCGGGAUGUCAAAGGGUUGGGCUUGAAAUUUGACACCAAGGAAGGCAAUUGGGACUGGGUCUGCAUCAAUUUCCCCUAUUUUUUCAUCCGUGAUCCAGCCAAGUUUCCGGAUCUUAUGCAUGCCCAACAACGGGACCCCAAAACCAACUUGUUGAACCCAAAUAUGUAUUGGGACUGGGUAGCGGAUAAUCCUGAGUCUCUACACCUGGUUCUCACGCUUUUCAGCAAACUGGGAACCAUGUUCAACUGGCGCACCAUGAGUGCGUACCUGGGCCAUGCGUACAAAUGGACCAUGCCAGACGGGUCUUUCAAAUAUGUUCAUGUCUAUCUCUCUCCAAAUGGCGGACCUUCGAACGAAAAUGCUAGCAUGGACGACGCCAUGGAUGAGAACAUCAACGAUCCAGAUGGGGCCUCCCGGGACUUGUACGAGGCUAUCGAGCGUGGAGACUUUCCAACUUGGACCGCCUAUGCCCAGGUCGUCGACCCAGAGGAUGCUCCGGACCUUGAUUUCAAUAUCCUUGAUAUGACCAAGCAUUGGAACUACGGCUUUUAUCCGAAAAACGGUUCGGUGAUCCCAAAGCGAGCAUUUGGGACAUUAACUUUAAACCGGAAUCCUGAAAAAUAUUUUUCGGAAAUUGAGUGUCUUACCUUUUCGCCAUCAAACCUCGUUCCUGGUGUCCUCCCUUCGGAGGAUCCGAUCCUCCAAGCUCGUAUGUUCGCGUACCCGGACGCUCAGCGCUAUCGUCUGGGUGUCAAUCCUGAAAACCCACCGGCUCGGCCCAAAAAGCCCCUCAGUCUUAAGCCAGGAAGCCAAAAGUUUGACGAGUGGGUCAGUCAGGUCUCUUCCCCGGCCUGGUCGGAGGCCAAGGAAGAUGACUAUGAGUUCGCGAGGGAGCUAUAUGAAUGGUACCCUCAGUUUCGAGACCAGGAAUUCCAGAACGAGUUGAUCGAUAACCUAGCCGAGUCCAUCUCCCAGACUUGCGACGCCGUCAGGCAGAAGGUCUACCGUACAUUCGCUCUGGUCUCCACCGACCUUGCGGAUCGUGUCCGUGAAGGGGUUGAGAAGCGGCUUGAAACAGCAGCCACAAACUCAACUCCGCAGGAGCUCCCAGGACGAGCGAGGUUGUAA